AUGAUUAUACUACCUAUCAGUAAAGAUGAUGUACAUAAUCGAAAUUAUAUUGUGGAAAAACAACAAGUUGGACGUUUAGCAUUACAAAAUAUUAAUGAUUCAUUACAAAAAUUUACAUGUCGUGCGACUGAUUUAACAUUAGAUGUAUAUUUAUCAAUAAUACAUUCACCUCAAGCUUGUUAUGAUUUAUUCGGUACUAUAAAUCAUCGUGGUAGUGUAUAG